CACCAAAUUGUUGGCGGUAACAGUUUCAACGUUACGAUGGACCCCUACACCAUUGAUCCGCCGAAGCAAUCCACUUGCACCAGUUGUAUCUACACAGAGGACCUCAGCAAUUACUGGACGGCUUCCAUCUACUUCAAGUCUCCCGAGAACGGGACUUUCAAGCGGGUCCCGCAAAGGGCGAACGGGCGCUUGAACGGCACCCUCCUCGAGCAAGACGGAGGACUCACGGUGUAUUACAUGCGACCAUUCAGCGGCACCAAUAAAAAGGUCACUGCUUUCAAGCCGGGCUUCCGCAUGCUCGCCGGCGACCCGACGGUCCGCACCAAGAGCACGUUCAAACCCAUCUGCCACCGCUGCCUCGCGGCAGGCGACAAAACAAUGGGCGGCAACGGCGCGCCCUGCGACUCCAAGGACACCCAAGAGUUGCCCCCCAAGCCGUGCCCGGGCGGCAUCCGCGCUACCAUCAUCUUCCCCUCGUGCUGGGACGGGAAGAAUCUCGAUAGCCCAGACCACAAGAGCCAUGUGGCAUAUGCAUCGGGCAGUGCGCUCGCCGGCGACAAGUGUCCGAGCACGCAUCCUGUGCGUGUCCCGCAGGUUAUGUACGAGAUCAUGUUCGACACGGCGGAGUUCAAUAACGCGGAUUAUUGGAAGAAUGGGAAGCAGCCGCUGGUGUAUAGCUUUGGCGAUGCCACGGGGUAUGGGGCGCAUGGUGACUACCUCUUUGGCUGGAAGGAUGAUGCUCUUCAGCGCGGUAUGGAUGCUCUUGGGACGAAAUGCGGGAGCGAAGAUUGUACCCAGGUUCUGAAGAUUCAGGCUGGCAAGGAUGCUAUUGCAUGCACGAAGGCGCAGCAGGCUAAGGAAGAUGUUGGCUCCUCUUCU